CUCGGGGAGGCUGCGGCGAGCCCGGGGCCAAGCAGGGAGUUUAGGUUUCACUCCCAGCGGCGCUGGCCCUGCCUCCUCCUCCCGCUCCCACAUCUGCAGCUGGAAUUGCAAUUUGAGGCACUGGCUGGGCUGGGCGCCGGCCGGGAGUGGGAGGAAGGCGCUCGGGGAAGCCAGAGGAAGCCGGAGAGCAGGGGGCUGCACGGCGGGGCCGGCUGCGAGGGCAAGCGGGGGCCGGAGCCGCUGGGCAUCGCCGGCAGCUGCGGGCAGGAGGGCAUCGCCGGUGGCGGAGGGAGCCAGCACAGCUGGAGCAAGAAGGCGGUGGCUGGACCGAGGGGUCCCCAACCUGUCCCCCCAAACACAGCCAGGAAGGCGAGGCCGCCAUGGCGAUGCUCCUGGAGCCCGGGAUGCAGAGUCUCAGGAUGGGUGCCAACAGCGAGCGGUGCCCCACGCCGUCCCCUCCCGGCUCCCCGGGGACGCCCCACGACAGCUGCAGCAUCGCCCCGCUGACGCCCUCCCAGUCACCGAGGAGCGAGGCUCGCUCCCAGCAAACCGCCUCCUUCGCCGUGGUGGUGGCCAUCGACUUCGGCACCACGUCCAGCGGCUACGCCUUCAGCUUCUCCAGCGACCCCGAGGCCAUCCACAUGAUGAGGAAAUGGGAAGGAGGGGACCCGGGGGUGGCCAACCAGAAGACCCCCACCAGCCUCCUGCUGACGCCGGAGGGCAUCUUCCACAGCUUCGGCUACAGCGCCAGGGACUACUACCACGACCUGGACCCCGAGGAAGCCCGCGACUGGCUCUACUUCGAGAAGUUUAAGAUGAAGAUUCACAGCACCAGUGACCUCACCAUGAAAACUGAACUGGAGGCUGUCAACGGGAAGAAAAUGCAAGCGCUGGAGGUGUUUGCCCACGCACUCCGCUUCUUCAAGCAGCACGCCGUGCAGGAGCUGAGGGACCAGUGCCCAUCUCUGCCGGAGAGAGAUGCCAUCCGCUGGGUGAUCACCGUGCCCGCCAUCUGGAAGCAGCCGGCCAAGCAGUUCAUGCGGGAGGCUGCCUACAAGGCCGGUCUGGUGUCCCCGGAGAGUCCAGAGCAGCUGCUGAUCGCGCUGGAACCCGAAGCCGCCUCCAUUUACUGCAGGAAACUUCGCCUCCACCAGCUGAUCGACCUGAGCUGCAAACCCCCGGCCAACGGGCUGGCACCGGACCACUCCAUCGACUCCAGCUUUCGGCAGGCCCGAGAGCAGCUCCGACGGUCCUGCCACAGCCGCACCUUCCUGGUGGAGUCGGGAGUGGGGGAGCUCUGGUCGGAAAUGCAGGCAGGUGACCGCUACAUCGUGGCGGACUGCGGCGGCGGCACGGUGGACCUCACCGUGCACCAGAUCGAGAAGCCGCAGGGGACGCUGAAGGAGCUGUACAAAGCCUCAGGGGGUCCCUACGGGGCCGUGGGGGUGGACCUGGCCUUUGAGAAGCUGCUGUGCCACAUUUUUGGGGAGGAUUUCAUCGCCACCUUCAAAGCCAAGCGCCCCGCUGCCUGGGUGGACCUGACCAUUGCCUUCGAGGCCCGCAAGCGGGCAGCAGCCCCCUCCCGCGCCAGCCCCCUCAACAUCUCCCUGCCCUUCUCCUUCAUCGACUUCUACCGCAAGCACCGGGGCCAGAAUGUGGAGACAGCCCUCAAGAAGAGCAACGUCAACUUUGUGAAGUGGUCGUCCCAAGGGAUGCUGCGGAUGUCCUCGGAGGCCAUGAGCGAGCUCUUCCAGCCCACCAUCAGCCAGAUCAUCAAACACAUCGACGACCUCCUGAAGAAGCCAGAGGUCCAAGGCAUCAAGUUCCUGUUCUUGGUGGGGGGCUUCGCGGAGUCGGCCAUGCUGCAGCACGCCGUCCAGGCGGCCUUCGGCCCCACCUGCCGCGUCAUCAUCCCCCAAGACGUGGGGCUGACCAUCCUCAAAGGAGCCGUGCUCUUCGGCCUCGACCCCACCAUCGUCCGCGUCCGCCGCUCCCCCCUGACCUACGGCGUGGGGGUGCUCAACAAGUUCGUGGAGGGGAAGCACCCGCGGGAGAAGCUGUUGGUGAAGGAGGGCAAGAACUGGUGCACCGACAUCUUUGAGAAGUUCGUCUCCGUGGACCAGUCCGUGGCGCUGGGGGAAGUGGUCCAGCGCAGCUACUGCCCGGCCCGGCCGGGCCAGCGCAAAACCAUCAUCAACAUCUACUGCUGCGCCACCGACGACGUGGUCUACAUCACCGACCCCGGCGUGCGCAAGUGCGGCACCAUCAGCCUCGAGCUGGAGGCGCUGGGCGAUGCCGGCAGCCCGGCCCGCGGCCGCCGCGAGAUCCGCGCCAGCAUGCAGUUCGGGGACACGGAGAUCAAGGUCACGGCCAUGGACAUCCGCACCUCCAAGACGGUCCGAGCCACCAUUGAUUUUCUCUCCAACUGAGCAUCCUCCCCGCUCCACGAGGCUCUGCGGGGGGGGAUGGGGACCCCGGGGACCUGCUGCCCACCCCAGACCCCCCCCACCAGUACCCACUUUGGGCACCGGCCCUGCAGGGCCCCCCAUGGGUGCGAGGAGCAGGGCAGAGGGAACAAGGAGCGAGGCUGCCACUGGACCCCGCUGCAACCAUGCUGGUGGCCCCCUGCUUCUCAUGGGACACCCCAAAGAUGCUCCCCAAGUGCCGCCGGGCAGCGCUGCACCGGGGCCCCACAUCUCCCACAGAAAUGGGUCAGGGUCCGAUGCUCCCCCCGGCAUCGCUGAGUGGGACCGGGGCAGCGCUGCCUGGCCGAGUGGGGGGGGGGGGGCUGGGGGGCUCAGGAUGACCCCCAAGUAUGGGCAAGGCGCCCGCCGGAGCCCGCAGCACCCCCAGCUCCCGAGAAUACCAACACACACGCCGUCUGCAAACCCACAUUUCUAUUUUUUACACAUAUUGCACGUCGCCCUCGCAGCCGGCGUCCCCCGAGCGGCAGAGCUUGACGUGGCCAGCGCAGCCCGGCGAGGACGGGGACGGCAGCACAGAAGGGGGACAGUAGCCCACCCUCACCCCCUUUUAACUGGAGGUGGGGGCACCUUGCAGCACAAAGCCCCUCACCCCGAAGGGGCGGGUUUAUCCGUGGCCGCAGGGAGGGGCUCACGCAGCCCCCCAGGGUGCGCAAAUACAUGGACGUGACACCCCUGGGCCGUGCCGGCCCCUGAAAUAGCUCAGUGCUGCGGGGAAGGGCUGGCCUCGUACCUGCCCCCCCGGCCCCCCCCGGGGUGCCCCGGCCCCCCCGCUCUCCUCUGUGGGUUUUUAUCAGGUUGCAGCCGCCAGCUACAAAAGCUCCAGGGCAGGGGCGGGGGGUUGAACAGGGACAAUCUGAGCUCCAGCCCCUUCUCAGCUGAAGUUUUAUUAUUUACCUCUAUAGAUUUUUUUUGUACUUAAAAAACCCCACACAUACACACAGACGUGUGUAUAUAUAUCUAUAUAUUUAUAUAUAUAUAUAUAUAGGCACAUAAAGCCUCCUGUUGCUUUCAAAACUGA